ACAUUGUGAACCACUUUUAUGGGAGAUUAAGUGGCUAGCAACGGCACCGGCUUCUGUUAGCAACGGGUCGAUCGAGCGGGCGAACCGUGAAAAGGUAUACAACAGCGACAAUAAAGACUAUCUGUCCCAUGGAGCGAAAAUCGUGCUGUGUUUGGAACAUACGAGGAUUAUGGCUUUCUACACUCGAUUUACCACAAUAUAGCUCGCAAGAUUAGGCGUAAUCUUAUAAAAAGCUAGGUAAUUCCACCUAAAUGGCCUAAGCUGAAUUUUAUAUCUGAAACGAGGAGAGCGGGGAUCAGCUGCAAUACUGAGGUAUCAAAUAUAUAAGCAAAAAGUUAUUAUUUGGACGAUUGUCUUUAGCGACUGCAGAUUAAUUAUCUAGGAAAGUUGAUCGGAAUAUCAGCGUUUAUCAUGGCGAAUGAUUUAUCAAGAUCGUUCAAUGGGAGCUGGCAGCCUACCGCUACAAGACCGGAUAGCGUGACACCUACCAGAGAAUAUGUAACAGAGAUCAAUGAGCAGAUGCCUAACAGUGACUUCGUCUCCGACCUGGCUCAGUUCUACCCUCACGCCAGCGACAGCGACAAGCAGCGGUGUCUGGAGCUCCUCGCAUCCAUGACCAUCACCGAUCGGAUGACACACCGCGUUGCCAGGGAAACCGAAAAGAAGAAGAUACUUCAGAGACCGAAAACAGCUAUCGGAUCGUACGGGCGGCCUGGGACACCGGGAGCAAGGGUAAAAAAGACGAUGACGUCAUACAGGAGAGAUUAUCCUGCGAAACCUUUUACUCAUCAUCCAAAUGCAAGACCGGGCACGACAGACACCGCCUACCGGACAUCGUUUGACCCCCGAGGACCACUAGGAAUGACCCAUUACAACGAUGUCCACAACGCCAAGGGGUAUAACAAAGCAGAACCCUACCUCAGGACAGGAUCGUCAUCUGGAGCACGGAAGAACAACCCACACCCUUUCGAGUCUUUCAUGGUUUGGAAGUUGCCAAAGGACGCCCUCAGCGACCAUGAGCAGCUUUAUCCCCAUCCCCUGACAGAUCAGAUGAUGGAAGAGAUCAUGAGAGAUAAGUGCCUCUCUACCUAUCAGACAGAUUAUCUUGGUAUACCUCAGGGUUAUCAGGUGCGAACUGCUAUGGAGGACUAUGUCGACUGGAGAGAGAAAGUCCCUUAUAGUCAUGAAUCUACCACCAGAGCAAUAUACCAAGCACCAAAGCAGCAUAAAGAUCUAACUAAUAAUACCUCCCGAUUUGGCUGCAAUAGAAAUAUCAAUAGACCAUCAACAGGAAUAGUUCCAAAUACCACUCGUCAUGAGAUGCAUCUCCGUAAAGCAACAAGCUACGAUCAUUUCUACAAUAAACCAUUCAAACCCGGAACAGAGCAACUCAGUAAAGCAUUAGCUAAAGGAAAACUUGACGAGUUCCUACGACUUGCUGAUGAAAAGGAUCGUGAUGCUGUGCAAUCAAUUGUUCGUAAGCUCAAGAAACAACCCGAACCGACAAAGGAAUCACAAGAAGCCGAGGAUCUCCGCCUAUCCGGUCUGUCACCGAACCGGCCAGUAACCGCAAAGCCUAUACCGAGAUUUAGUUGGCGGUCGUCCUGGACCGGGCCCCUGUAAAUUCACAUGAGCGGUUCCCCUCAUCAGUCGGGUAUUUGGGUAACGAAGACUGAUCAAAGGCCGAGUGAGCGUUUCAUCAACAUUUACUAUUUUCCGCUAUCAGCUAGGAAAGUUGCCAUAUUUGAAAACUUUCCGUAAUUUUGAUUGGCGGAGAAGCAAAGUUCCUAUGGUAACUGCCAGAGAAACGGACUUACUAGGACAAGAUAUCCCACAAGUCCUUACAUGAAACGUUCCCUGGGGACCCAACGCGCAUGCACGCACGGGUCUUUGAUCACUGCAAUCUUCAUUUUCCAAACACCCCAUUAUCAGUUUUAUGAAACUAUAUAUCCUUUUAGAGUUUCAUGGCAUGGGUUUUAUUUCCCCUUGACAGAAUAUUGCUGCAUUAUUGUAAUGAUUUUAGUUAUAUGGGCAAUUGUAAGAAUUCAUUUCUAAUAUAUAAAACGUGAAAAAAUAAAUACUUUGGGAUGGGUAAAUGAUUAUUGGCAUGAAAGAACCAAAUGAGUGUGGUGGUCCAUUUUCAAUGAGUCCUAAAUAUUACAAUAUAUACAUUCAGUUUCAUUUAUGUACACUUACACUGUACAUGUAAGUAAAGGAGGACCAACUUAAAAUUAAAAUUUGUUAUAUUUUUUACGUUGAUCUAAAGAGACUGAGGAAAAGCAGUGUUAAAAUAUAUUCCUUAGAAUUUGUAAAGAAUGUAGGCCUACACUUGAAGAUGAAGGAGAUUUUUACAACAAAUGAAAUUAUGAAAUGAAAAAGAAAAGGAAUGAAAAAUCAUAUUUUUAUGAAAUAUAUUUUCCUUUGCAAAAUUUGAACCUUAUUUAAUUUUCUGAAUACGUUAUUAUAGAUGGAAAAUGUAAUUUCUUACAGGUGAUAUAUAAAUGUUAAAUGUAGCGGGGUGAGAAGGUGGAGUUUGAGCUAGAAUACUUACAAAAAGAACAGUGAUAGCAAGUAUAUAAUCUUUAAAAUCUAUAACAAAAUGUUUCUGUAAUAUGUGCCUUAGAUACCGUUAAAUCUGAAGCUAGUCUUGCUGAUGCAUACUUAAUACUAUGAAAAUAGAGGCUGCAUAAUUGAGACGGUAUUUUCUUGUGUGUGUGAAACUAAUUUAAUCAAUCAUUAUAUUCAACAUUUUUAAAGUAUAUUCAUCCAUUUUAGAAAUUAGGUGUAUUUUUGUGUUUAUUGUCAACUCAUCUUGGGUCUUUCAAUGUAAUGAAUAAAUUGCAAAUAAUUGUGAACAAAAUAGACGUAUAGUAUGAGUCUUUGAAUAGCAAUCGAAAGACUACUAGAUGAUUGGUGUGCAAUUUGGAAAAAAAAAGGACUUUCAGCCUAUAUACAUUAACAAAUUUCGAUGUUAAAAGCAGGAGUGAACAUUUUUAUGAAUUAUUGUAGAUAUACAAUGGAAACUAUUUGAAGCAUGUAUGCCUAAUGAUGACUAUCAUCUAUCAUACAAAAAUAAAAGAACCUGUAUCACUCCAGGUAAUAAAAUAAUCAAACAAAACUCUUAAAUUCCUUAUAACAACAUUCUACCAUAUUUCAGUGAAAGAUUAGAUAUUUAUUUUCAUUGAUAGAGAUUGUAAGGUGUCAAGUUAUUGUUAUUAAUUUAAUAAGUAAUUCUGUUUUGGUUUUGAUCACUGGCCUUUCAUGUUUUACAUUAAUUGUAAUAUUAUUGAUUUGACAUCAUCUUCAAAUAAGAUAUUCAUUCCAUGAACAACUAUUGAUUUAAGACUUUUUUUUCAAACAAAUAUUUAUCUUUUCAAGAUCAACAAAGAAUGAUAUAUAUAGUUAUAGUUAACACAUAUCAAUGUUAAACUUCAAAGACUUUAGCAUCCUGUAACUGUAGCGCAUCAUAUUUAUGUGAUAUUUUGGACAUUCGUAGAGUGCAAUGCUUGCAAAUUGAUAUUGUGCUAUAAAGCCACGUGCAUGUGAUUUUGAUGUGAGCUUGUGAAAUAAGAUGUAACAUUAUUUGAUCAAAAUAUGAACUAUUAAAGAUUCUUUCUAAAACUUGA